AUGUUCAAAAGUGUGCUACAGAGCAGACUGAAUGCCGUGCGUGUGGUGAGCCGUCAAUUCUCGUCGUUCACGCCUGUCUUCAAAGAAGCUGGCCAAAGUGAAAAAUUCUCGACUCCACAAGAAUAUGUCGAGCACAAGAAGAAGGCUGAUUUGGAGGAGCAAGCCUAUAGGCACAAUUUGCUCCAGAAUGAGUUCAAAUACGAGCCUAAGUACAUAAGCGCCAAUGAAGUUGACCCCGUGACUGGAAGACCUGUGCCUAUAAACGUAGAACUCUUGAAGUAUAAACCUCUUCAGUUGAAACAGACCCACGGUCACGAAGUAGCUAAGAUAAAGUUCAGAGGCUAUGACGAAGACAAUUUGAUUAGAGCUGGAGAGUUUGCUACUCGCUCCGCAUACUAUUUGGGCAUUCCUACUUCGAAACUUACCACUAAGAAAACUGAAAAGAGAUUAUAUACUGUGAUCAAGUCUCCAUUUGCUCAAGCAAAGACGAAGCAGAAUUUUCAUCGAACCACUUUCAAUAAGGAGUUGGUAGCAUACGAUGCAAAUCCAGAAAUUCUUGACUUGUGGUUGUCUUUCAUCAACAAAUACGCGAUUGAAGACGUUAGUUACAAGGCUACUAUGACUACUAGCGAAUCUUUAGACUAUAACAAAGAGAUGGAUGCUUUGGCUUCUGAAGAUUACACUCUUCCAAAUGCUUACAACGACAUCACCGAUCCUGUAGCCAAGAAGGUCGAAGAGUUGUUGAAAUCAGACACCUUCAAGAAACUUCUCGAAGAAGAGAAGUAA